CCGCCCGUCCGCCCGCGCUCGGGGCUGUUUCCACGAGCAGGUGAAGAUGGCCGAGAACUUGCUAGACGGACCGCCCAACCCGAAGCGAGCCAAACUCAGCUCUCCCGGCUUCUCGGCGAAUGACAGCACAGAUUUUGGAUCGUUGUUUGACUUGGAAAAUGAUCUUCCUGAUGAGCUGAUCCCCAAUGGAGAAUUAAGCCUUUUAAACAGUGGGAACCUUGUUCCAGAUGCUGCUUCCAAACACAAACAACUGUCGGAGCUUCUCCGAGGAGGUAGCGCCUCUAGCAUCAACCCAGGGAUUGGAAGUGUGAGCGCCAGCAGCCCUGUGCAGCAGGGCCUUGGUGGCCAGCCACAAGGGCAACCGAACAGUACGAACAUGGCCAGCCUAGGUGCCAUGGGCAAGAGCCCUCUGAACCAGGGAGAUUCGUCAGCCCCUAGCCUGCCCAAACAGGCAGCCAGUACCUCUGGGCCCACUCCCCCUGCUUCCCAAGCACUGAACCCGCAAGCACAAAAGCAAGUGGGGCUGGUGACCAGUAGUCCUGCCACAUCGCAGACUGGACCUGGAAUCUGCAUGAAUGCUAGCUUCAGUCAGACCCAUCCAGGCCUUCUCAAUAGUAACUCUGGCCACAGUUUGAUGAAUCAGGCCCAGCAAGGGCAAGCUCAAGUCAUGAAUGGAUCUCUUGGGACUGCUGGAAGAGGAAGGGGAGCUGGAAUGCCAUACCCCACUCCGCCCAUGCAGGGAUCCACGAGCAGUGUGCUGGCUGAGACCUUGACGCAGGUUUCUCCGCAAAUGGCUGGCCAUGCAGGACUGAACACAGCACAGGCAGGAGGUAUGACCAAGAUGGGAAUGACUGGUAACACAAGCCCAUUUGGACAACCCUUUAGUCAAACUGGAGGGCAGCAAAUGGGAGCCACUGGAGUGAAUCCUCAGUUAUCCAGCAAACAGAGUAUGGUUAAUAGUUUGCCAGCUUUCCCUACAGACAUCAAGAAUACUUCAGUCACCAAUGUGCCAAAUAUGUCCCAGUUGCAAACUUCUGUGGGGAUUGUGCCCACCCAAGCAAUUGCAACAGGCCCUACUGCAGAUCCUGAGAAGCGCAAGUUGAUACAGCAGCAGCUGGUCCUUCUGCUCCAUGCUCACAAAUGCCAGCGGCGAGAGCAGGCAAACGGGGAGGUUCGGGCCUGCUCUCUCCCCCAUUGUCGCACCAUGAAGAAUGUUUUGAAUCACAUGACACAUUGUCAGGCUGGGAAAGCCUGCCAAGUUGCCCAUUGUGCAUCUUCACGACAAAUCAUCUCUCAUUGGAAGAACUGCACACGACAUGACUGUCCUGUUUGCCUCCCUUUGAAAAAUGCCAGUGACAAGCGAAACCAACAAACCAUCCUGGGGUCUCCAGCUAGUGGAAUUCAAAACACAAUUGGUUCUGUUGGUGCAGGACAACAGAAUGCCACUUCUUUAAGUAACCCAAAUCCCAUAGACCCCAGCUCCAUGCAGCGGGCCUAUGCUGCUCUUGGACUGCCCUACAUGAACCAGCCCCAGACACAGCUGCAGCCUCAGGUUCCUGGCCAGCAACCAGCACAGCCUCCAGCCCACCAGCAGAUGAGGACUCUCAACCCCCUGGGAAAUAACCCAAUAAACAUUCCAGCAGGGGGAAUAACAACUGAUCAGCAGCCACCAAACUUGAUUUCAGAGUCAGCUCUUCCAGCUUCCCUGGGGGCCACCAACCCGCUGAUGAAUGACGGCUCAAACUCUGGCAACAUCGGAAGCCUCGGCACGAUGCCUGCGGCGGCUCCUCCUUCUAGCACUGGUGUUCGGAAAAGCUGGCAUGAGCAUGUCACUCAGGACCUGCGGAGCCAUCUAGUGCACAAGCUUGUGCAAGCCAUCUUUCCAACCCCUGACCCUGCAGCUCUGAAGGAUCGGCGCAUGGAGAACCUGGUUGCCUAUGCUAAGAAGGUUGAGGGUGACAUGUAUGAGUCUGCCAAUAGCCGGGAUGAAUACUAUCAUUUAUUAGCAGAAAAAAUCUAUAAAAUACAAAAAGAACUAGAAGAAAAACGGAGGUCACGGUUACAUAAGCAAGGCAUCUUGGGUAACCAACCAGCUUUACCAGCUCCUGGGGCUCAGCCUCCUGUGAUCCCACCAGCCCAGUCUGUGAGACCUCCAAAUGGGCCCCUGCCCCUGCCAGUCAAUCGCAUGCAGGUUUCUCAAGGGAUGAAUUCAUUUAACCCAAUGUCCUUGGGGAAUGUCCAGUUGCCACAAGCACCCAUGGGACCACGAGCAGCCUCCCCCAUGAACCACUCUGUCCAGAUGAACAGCAUGGCCUCAGUUCCAGGUAUGGCCAUUUCCCCUUCCCGGAUGCCUCAGCCUCCAAACAUGAUGAGCACCCAUGCCAACAACAUGAUGGCCCAGGCACCCACUCAGAACCAGUUUCUGCCACAAAGCCAGUUCUCAUCAUCCAGUGGGGCAAUGAGUGUGAACAGUGUGGGCAUGGGGCAGCCAGCAACCCAGACAGGCGUGUCACAGGGCCAGGUGCCUGGUGCUGCUCUUCCUAACCCUCUGAACAUGCUGGGACCCCAGGCCAGCCAGCUGCCUUGUCCACCAGUGACACAGUCUCCGUUGCAUCCAACUCCACCUCCUGCUUCCACUGCUGCUGGCAUGCCCUCUCUCCAACACCCGACACCUCCUGGGAUGACGCCUCCCCAGCCAGCAGCUCCCACUCAGCCAUCCACUCCUGUGUCAUCUUCGGGGCAGACUCCCACCCCAACUCCUGGCUCGGUGCCAAGUGCUACCCAAACACAGAGUACCCCUACAGUCCAGGCAGCAGCGCAGGUCCAGGUGACCCCACAGCCUCAAACCCCAGUCCAGCCUCCAUCUGUGGCUACCCCUCAGUCAUCACAACAGCAGCCAACGCCUGUACACACCCAGCCUCCUGGCACACCGCUUUCUCAGGCAGCAGCCAGCAUUGAUAACAGGGUCCCCACCCCCUCCUCCGUGGCCAGUGCUGAAACCAAUUCCCAUCAGCCAGGACCCGAUGCACCUGUGCUGGAAAUUAAGACAGAGGUACAGACUGAUGACACUGAGCCUGAUCCUGGUGAAUCCAAGGGGGAGCCUCGGUCUGAGAUGAUGGAAGAGGAUUUACAAGGAUCUUCUCAAAUUAAGGAAGAAACCGACACAUCAGAGCAGAAAUCAGAACCAAUGGAAGUGGAAGAGAAGAAACCUGAAGUAAAAGCAGAAGCGAAAGAGGAAGAGGAGAGCAGUGCCAAUGGCACGGCCUCUCAGUCCACAUCCCCCUCUCAGCCACGCAAAAAAAUCUUUAAACCUGAGGAACUACGCCAGGCCCUUAUGCCAACCCUGGAAGCACUCUAUCGACAGGACCCAGAGUCUUUACCUUUUCGGCAGCCUGUAGAUCCUCAACUACUCGGAAUCCCAGAUUAUUUUGACAUUGUGAAGAAUCCUAUGGAUCUUUCUACCAUCAAGCGGAAGCUGGAUACAGGACAGUACCAAGAACCCUGGCAGUAUGUGGAUGACGUCUGGCUUAUGUUCAACAAUGCCUGGCUAUAUAAUCGAAAAACAUCCCGGGUCUAUAAAUUUUGCAGUAAACUUGCAGAGGUCUUUGAGCAAGAAAUUGACCCUGUGAUGCAGUCCCUUGGAUAUUGCUGUGGACACAAGUAUGAGUUUUCCCCACAGACUCUGUGCUGCUAUGGGAAGCAGCUAUGUACAAUUCCUCGUGAUGCGGCCUACUACAGCUACCAGAAUAGUUCACCCAAGUAUGGCCUUCUUGCUGACAGGUAUCAUUUCUGUGAGAAGUGUUUCACAGAGAUCCAGGGCGAGAAUGUGACCCUGGGUGACGACCCUUCCCAACCCCAGACGACAAUUUCUAAGGAUCAGUUUGAAAAGAAGAAAAAUGAUACCUUAGACCCUGAACCUUUCGUUGAUUGCAAGGAGUGUGGGCGGAAGAUGCACCAGAUUUGUGUUCUGCACUAUGACAUCAUCUGGCCUUCGGGUUUUGUGUGUGACAACUGCUUGAAGAAAACUGGCAGACCUCGGAAAGAAAACAAGUUCAGUGCUAAGAGACUUCAGACCACACGAUUGGGAAACCACUUGGAAGACCGAGUGAAUAAGUUUUUGAGGCGCCAAAAUCACCCUGAAGCUGGGGAGGUUUUUGUCAGAGUAGUGGCCAGUUCAGACAAGACUGUGGAGGUCAAGCCCGGGAUGAAGUCAAGGUUUGUGGAUUCUGGAGAGAUGUCUGAAUCUUUCCCAUAUCGAACCAAAGCACUCUUUGCCUUCGAGGAAAUUGAUGGAGUUGAUGUGUGCUUCUUUGGGAUGCACGUGCAAGAAUAUGGCUCUGAUUGUCCUCCGCCUAACACAAGGCGUGUGUACAUAUCUUAUCUGGACAGUAUUCAUUUCUUCCGGCCCCGCUGCCUCCGGACAGCUGUUUACCACGAGAUCCUCAUUGGAUACCUAGAAUAUGUGAAGAAAUUGGGGUAUGUUACAGGACACAUCUGGGCUUGCCCCCCAAGUGAAGGAGAUGACUACAUCUUUCAUUGCCAUCCUCCUGAUCAGAAAAUUCCAAAACCGAAGCGACUACAGGAGUGGUACAAGAAGAUGCUGGACAAGGCAUUUGCAGAGCGGAUCAUUCAUGACUACAAGGACAUCUUGAAGCAAGCAUCUGAAGACAGGCUCACAAGUGCCAAGGAGUUGCCCUAUUUUGAAGGGGAUUUCUGGCCCAAUGUGUUGGAAGAAAGCAUCAAAGAGUUAGAACAAGAAGAAGAAGAGAGGAAAAAAGAAGAGAGCACUGCAGCUAGUGAGACCCCUGAGGGCAGUCAGGGUGACAGCAAGAAUGCCAAGAAAAAGAACAACAAGAAGACCAACAAGAACAAAAGCAGCAUCAGCCGCGCCAACAAGAAGAAACCCAGCAUGCCCAACGUGUCCAACGACCUGUCCCAGAAGCUCUAUGCCACCAUGGAGAAGCACAAGGAGGUCUUCUUUGUGAUUCAUCUGCAUUCUGGGCCUGCCGUCAAUACCUUGCCCCCCAUUGUGGAUCCUGACCCCCUGCUCAGCUGUGACCUCAUGGAUGGGCGUGAUGCCUUCCUCACUCUGGCCAGAGACAAGCACUGGGAGUUCUCCUCCUUACGCCGCUCCAAGUGGUCCACGCUAUGCAUGCUGGUGGAACUGCACACACAAGGCCAGGAUCGCUUCGUCUACACCUGCAAUGAGUGCAAGCACCAUGUGGAGACGCGCUGGCACUGCACAGUGUGUGAGGACUAUGACCUUUGCAUCAACUGCUACAACACAAAGAGCCACACACACAAGAUGGUGAAGUGGGGCCUGGGCCUGGACGACGAGGGCAGCAGCCAGGGUGAGCCCCAGUCCAAGAGCCCCCAGGAGUCCCGGCGUCUGAGCAUCCAGCGCUGCAUCCAGUCCCUGGUACAUGCCUGCCAGUGCCGCAACGCCAACUGCUCGCUGCCAUCCUGCCAGAAGAUGAAGCGGGUUGUGCAGCACACCAAGGGCUGCAAGCGCAAGACCAACGGCGGCUGCCCGGUGUGCAAGCAGCUCAUCGCACUCUGCUGCUACCAUGCCAAACACUGCCAAGAAAACAAAUGCCCUGUGCCCUUCUGCCUCAACAUCAAACACAAGCUCCGCCAGCAGCAGAUCCAACACCGCCUGCAGCAGGCUCAGCUAAUGCGCCGGCGCAUGGCCACCAUGAACACCCGCAAUGUGCCUCAGCAGAGUUUGCCUUCUCCUACCUCAGCACCACCUGGGACCCCCACGCAGCAACCCAGCACACCCCAGACACCACAGCCCCCUGCCCAGCCCCAGCCUUCACCUGUGAGCAUGUCACCAGCUGGUUUCCCUAGUGUGGCUCGGACUCAGCCCCCCACGACAGUGUCCACUGGGAAGCCUACCAACCAGGUGCCAGCCCCCGCACCCCCUGCCCAGCCCCCGCCUGCAGCAGUGGAAGCAGCCCGGCAGAUCGAACGCGAGGCCCAGCAACAGCAGCACCUGUACCGAGUGAACAUCAACAAUGGCAUGCCCCCAGGGCGCACGGGCAUGGGGAACCCAGGGAGCCAAAUGACCCCCGUGAACCUGAACGUGCCCCGGCCCAACCAGGUCAGUGGGCCUGUCAUGUCCAGCAUGCCACCUGGGCAGUGGCAGCAGGCACCCAUCCCCCAGCAGCAGCCAAUGCCAGGCAUGCCCAGACCUGUGAUGUCCAUGCAGAGCCAGGCAGCUGUGGCCGGGCCACGGAUGCCCAGUGUGCAGCCACCAAGAAGCAUCUCACCCAGCGCCCUGCAGGACCUGCUGCGGACCUUGAAGUCUCCCAGCUCCCCUCAGCAGCAGCAGCAGGUGCUGAACAUCCUCAAGUCCAACCCGCAGCUAAUGGCAGCUUUCAUCAAACAGCGCACAGCCAAGUACGUGGCCAAUCAGCCCGGCAUGCAGCCCCAACCAGGACUCCAGUCCCAACCCGGCAUGCAGCCCCAGCCCGGCAUGCACCAGCAGCCCAGCCUGCAGAACCUGAAUGCUAUGCAAGCUGGUGUGCCACGGCCUGGUGUGCCUCCACAGCAGCAGGCGAUGGGAGGCUUGAACCCCCAGGGCCAGGCUCUCAACAUCAUGAACCCAGGACACAGCCCCAACAUGGCAAAUAUGAAUCCACAGUACCGAGAGAUGCUGAGGAGGCAAUUGCUGCAACAGCAGCAGCAGCAGCAGCAACAGCAGCAGCAGCAGCAGCAGAGCAGUGCCAGCAUGGCUGGGGGCAUGGCCGGGCACGGUCAGUUUCAGCAGCCUCAAGGGCCCGGAAGCUAUGCCCCCGCCCUGCCACAGCAGCGGAUGCAGCAACACCUCCCCAUCCAGGGCAGCUCUCUGGGUCAGAUGGCCGCUCCAAUGGGACAGCUCGGCCAGAUGGGGCAGCCUGGGCUGGGGGCAGACAGCACCCCCAACAUCCAGCAGGCCUUGCAGCAGCGGAUUCUGCAGCAGCAGCAGAUGAAGCAGCAGAUCGGGUCCCCAGGCCAGCCGAACCCCAUGAGCCCCCAGCAGCACAUGCUCUCAGGACAGCCACAGGCCUCGCAUCUCCCUGGCCAGCAGAUCGCCUCGUCCCUUAGUAAUCAGGUGCGGUCUCCAGCCCCUGUCCAGUCGCCACGGCCCCAGUCCCAGCCUCCACAUUCCAGCCCAUCACCAAGGAUACAGCCCCAGCCUUCACCACACCAUGUCUCGCCCCAGACUGGUUCACCCCACCCCGGACUCGCAGUCACCAUGGCCAGCUCCAUGGAUCAGGGACACCUGGGGAACCCCGAACAGAGUGCAAUGCUUCCACAGCUGAAUACUCCCAACAGGAGCACACUGUCCAGUGAACUGUCCCUGGUCGGUGACACCACGGGAGACACGCUAGAAAAGUUUGUGGAGGGCUUGUAGCAUUAUGAGAGCAUCACUUUUCUUUUUUCCCCUUUCAUGUUCUUGGACCUUUUGUACUGAAAAUCCAGGCGUCUGGGCUCUUUUUAUUAAGCCUAGAUGGAACUGUGACUUCCAAGCCGUGGAAGGGUGGAUUGAUGUUUAAAGAAACAAUACAAAGAAUAUAUUUUUUUGUUAAAAAACCAGUUGAUUUAAAUAUCUGGUCUCGCUCUUUUUGUUUUUUUGGGUUUUUUUUUUUCCGUUUUGUUUUUGUUUGGGGGGAGGGGGGUUGUUUGGAUUCUUUUUGUCGUCAUUGCUGGUGACUCAUGCCUUUUUUUAACGGGAAAAACAAGUUCAUUAUAUUCAUAUUUUUUAUUUGUAUUUUCAAGACUUUAAACAUUUAUGUUUAAAAGUGAGAAGAAAAAUAAUAUUCAGAAACUGGUUCCAGAAAUAAUGCAUCUUAUAAUGUAUCCCGAUAACGAUCUGAUGUUGCGGGAAGAUUUUUUUCUAUAGUGAACUCUGUGGGCAUCUCCAAGUCUUACCCCUGGACGAUAGGAAUUGACUCCGGCGUGCACACAUGUACACACCCACACAUCUAUCUAUACAUGCUGGCUUAAGCCAACCUCUUGUCUUGCAGAUGUAGAAAUUGUUGCUUUGUUUCUCUGAUAAAACUGGUUUUAGACAAAACUAGGGCUGAUCACUCUCUUAGACCAUGCUAUUGUUCAUAGAGAAGCAGCGUUCUUUCCUUCCUCCCGUGUGAGACUUGAAGGAGGAAAAGCGGUUCUCAUGUAAAUCAUGCAAGCGCUGUGAUCACAUGAAUCACUGCACAGAAGGCAGAGUCAACUCAUUCCUCUAUCGUGUUGUUAAUAAACUGUGCAACAGACGAAAGGGUGGUCCUUCUUGAAUUCAUGUACAUGGUAUUAACACUUAGUGUUCGGGGGUUUUGUUAUGAAAAUGCUGUUUUCAACAUUGUAUUUGGACUAUGCAUGUGUUUUUUUCCCCAUUGUAUAUAAAGUAUCGCUUAAAAUUGAUAUAAAUUACUGAAGUUUUUAACAUGUAUUCUGUUCUUUAAGAUCCCUGUAAGAAUGUUUAAGGUUUUUAUUUAUUUAUAUAUAUUUUUGGAGUCUGUUCUUUGUAAGACAUGGUUCUGAUUGUUUGCUCAGAGUGGAGAUGCCGGGGCUGCGGUCAACAGAAGCGGUGCGGGUGGCAGCUGGGCAAUGUCCCAGGCUUGUGACCACCUGGGGGCUUCCUGGAGGACAAGGGGGCAGCUGGGCAGUGCCUCACACAUUCUGUGCUUGCAGGUGAACUUCACACACACCCAUGAGGGAUGAUCGCCACUGGGUUGGAACACCACUUUGCUUCCAGCCUGCUCUUCCUGUUCUCCCUUCUGAUGUAGCCAGCUGCCCCCUUGGGGAGGGCUUCUUGCCUUGUUUUCAGGCAGUCUCUUUCUAUACCCAAAUCCCACAAUCAAUGCAAAGGGUGCUCCAGGGACUGGAGGUAGUUCCUGACCUUCCCCUCCCUCCCCCCUCCGCAGUCCUGUGUUCAAUGGCGGGGUUACCUCCUUUAGCCUGUCCUACAUGGCCUCAGUAGGUUCUCGCGUAGCCGGGGCCCACCACCCCGUGCUCUUGCCCUCAUACAGUCCAGUUACAGGUGCCCUUCUGAGCAGGGCCAUGAGCUCAUGAAUACUACAAAUGUCACAUCUAAGAGGAGGACCAUUGACAGGACCUGAAGCUAACCCCCAAGUCUGCUGCCCCCCCCCCCCCCGCCAGGGAACUUUUAAAAUUAAAUUCCUGUCUUCCAGCUACAGGGUGGUUAGAUGAGGGUGGGAGGGUGUUAAGUUUAAAAAUCAUGACCCAAGUAGCUUCUGCCCCUGAUGUUCUCAGGAUUUUCAAAAUACAUGAUACUUGGGAAUCUAAAUUUAAGGAAGUAUUUUCAAGAUUGAAAUUUUGAAUCUUGAGUUUUUAAUGUGGGUAAGGAAAGACCACCACCCAACACCCCAACCAACCCGUCUCCACCCCACCUCAUGCCCUCUAGAGAUGCUCCGUCCUUGCUCAACUUGCUGAGUCCUUGCACAUUCAAGGUCCUCUUUUUCUGCUGAUGGGGAAGCCCUGAGCCAUGUGUUCAAACAAGAAGCAGGACUGGAGCCCCAAAGGAGCUGCUCUAAGCCCGCACUCAGAAGGUGGCGUCCACCGGUGUGCCGCCUUUGCACGUGAGCAGUGGGGACACCUUUUUCAGGUUAUCCUGGAAUUCAAAACUGUACCAACCUCUUCCUCUUUGAAGUCUGCAUCCUAUGCAACCGUCCACCGGGAUGUGGCUGAGGGUGUGGGCUGUGGAUGUUAUCCCUAAGCGUGUCCUAAGGAAAUUUAUGUAAGAGCUGGAGUGCCCAGACACUUGUGUCUCAUGCUGUAUACUUAAGAGGAGAAGAAAAAAAGUCCUAUAUUUGUGAUCAAAAAGAGGGAACUUGAAAUGUGCUGGUGUUUAUAAUAAAAGCUGGUAAAACUGCUUGGAUUCAAA